AUGGAUAAAACUCAAAACAGAGUACCCUUUACUCGACAAAUUUGGAAAAGAUAUGAUAGAGGUGGCUCCUUCUUUGCGAUGACGGGAUUUUACCUAUAUUUAGUCAUAAUCCUAACAUUUGUCUAUAUACCAGAGUUUCGGAAGGUUCAUGGAGAGAUUCUAGCAGCUUUGGUGCAUUUCAUAUCUCUAUUUUUAGGGUUUAUGUCGUAUUGGUGCUUCUUUAAAACUGCUAUGGCAAACCCAGGAGAUGUUGAUCCUAACUAUAUUCAUCCAAUGCCUGAUCCGCUUGACCUAGAUAGUGGUAUUACAAAUCCUAGCUCUGAACAAAGAUUUGAAUAUCUGACUGAAGCUAUCUAUUCAAGAAUCUUGACUAAUUUUGAUAAAUUUGCUAUCCAAGAGAGGAAAAAGUUUGAAUUGAUACAGAAUACACAAGAAGACAAAGAGGUUUCAGAAUGCUCCUCCCUUACAAGACAACAACAAACAAAGACCCUAAUUAUAAACAACUUCUGCUACAAACAUUGAGUAGCUUGUAGGAUGGAUCAACCACCAAGAGCGAAGCAUUGAGAUUUUUGCAAGAGAUGAGUCCUCAGAUACGACCACCACUGCUUUAUCCUGGGAAAUUGUAUAGGCUUGCACAACUUCAAGCCCUUCCUGCUACUUCAGUACUACACAUGCCUAGGAGGUGCUAACCUCCUAGGCUGGUUUAUAUAUGGACUAACAGUGCAGAAAUUUGGAUCUGAAGAGUUUUUACUAUUCUUUGCUGAGUACAUCUUUCCUAUCUUUCUCCUCUGAUUCAUGACUUUUGGGACAUUUUGCCAAGCAAUUGUGAAUACUUAUUAUUUAUUGAAGAACAGGACCCAGCAGGAUAUCAUACAGAACUUUAGAGUCAAUAUCUUUGACACAGGAUCGUGGUCAAGCAAUGCAAAGGAAGUCUUUGGCACUAGAGGAGGGCUGUUGUGGUUCCUUCCUGUUGACACAGGAGAGAAGCCAACCGACGGACAUAACUUCAAUUUUUAUUAUCUAUAGUCACUGCCAGCAUCAAUCAAGGAAGAUACGUAA